AUGCCCUCACAAACAUCAACGGAAGAACAGUACGUAGUGGCUUGUGAUAUAGUGACUGGAUCGCUUUACUCCAUCUGUGUCCGAACGAAUUACCGCCUUCUCAGCUUGGCUCCGCCCUUCGUCGCCAAGAAGGCGUGGUCGUGUCUCCAGAAGGCGCUGCGUGCCAACGUGACUCGUCGACAGCGCUACUCACGCAACAUGCAUUCUACCACCUUCUUCGUCCUUCUGUUCACCGUUGUGGCCUGUAUCUCCUACAGUUAUUCGCAACCUUGUACAACGGCUGGAUGUGAAGAGGCUGUCGCCGGCGACAUUGGGCUACCGAGCGAAUACAGACGUGGUAAAUGGGGCAAUCGGGAAGCACUUUUUGCCACCAUCUUACAAUGGGUUCGAUUCUGUCCUCCUGCUGGUUAUGGUUUCCAUUUCAGUGGUUAUUUGAUUGCUGCCAGGACUGUCUGA